CUUCAUUUCAAGCUACAGUUCAUCGCCUUUCGUGUUUUUUCAACCCCCCUGCUCACCAAGUUCAAAGCCAUUAGAUCUGACUUUCGGCUUUUGCGAUCCCAAGUUCAAACCCCCUGCUCACCAUUUCUGCAACUCUUAACCUUGUCCUUUAUCUCCCUCGCCGUUGCUAGCCACCGGGGGAAUGGACGCGUUUCGGAAGCAAGCCAGCAGGCUCAGGGAGCAAGUUGCCAAGCAGCAGCAAGCUGUGAUUAAGCAAUUUAGUGCAAGUGGGUACGAGAGCUCGGAUUCUGUAGUCAUCGAUGAGGUCGAGUUGCAGAGGCAUCAGCAGCUGGAGAAGCUCUACAGGACGACUCGAGCAGGGAGAGAUUUUCAAAAAGAUAUUGUCAGAGCAGCAGAAGCACUCACUGCCAUAGGAUAUAAGCAUAUCGAAGCAGGAACCAAGUUGUCUGAGGAUUGCUGCAGAUAUGGAACUGAGAACAUUAGCGACACCAUGCUGGCUAAAGCUGCAGCUAUAUACGGUGAUGCUCGUAAACAUGUGGAAAAGGAGACCGAGGAUUUGAAUGGCUUACUUGCUUCUCAGGUUUUGGAUCCUAUAAGGGCAAUGAUUACUGGCGCUCCUUUAGAAGAUGCCCGACAUCUUGCUCAACGUUAUAGUCGAAUGAGACAAGAAGCUGAAGUACAGGCUACUGAAGUUUCCAGAAGACAAGCACGAGUCAGGGAAUCCCCCAUCCCUGAGAACGUUGCAAAGUUGCAUGCAGCAGAGGCAAAAAUGCAAGAACUGAAGGCAAACAUGGCAGUUCUCGGUAAAGAAGCGUCAGCUGCAUUAGCUGCAGUUGAAGCACAGCAGCAAAGAUUGACCUUCCAAAGGCUUGUUUCUUUGGUACACUUACUUCCUGCCACUUUCUCCAAGGCUUGUGGUUUAAUGCCAUUAUUCUACAUGCAGAUGGUUUCAGACAAACAACAAAGAGAGGCAGCUCCUCCUGUCAUACCAUCUACUGUAACACCAUUAGAAAACGGCUCAGAAAAGACCACGUACUUCCUGGCUGAAGCAACUCAUCCUUUUUACGCAGAAACUGACAAGGAGCUUAGUUUGGCAGUCGGCGAUUUCAUUGUUGUUCGUAAGGUUAUGCCAACAGGGUGGUCAGAAGGAGAAUGCAAAGGGAAAUCAGGGUGGUUCCCAUCAGCCUACGUCGAGAGGCGCCAGAGGAUUCCAACUGCUAACUAAGAACUUCUGACUUUCACCCAAACUCUAGAGAUUUUCCUUACUACCAUACGUUCUCUCUCUCCAAUUCUAUAUGUUCUUUGAAAUUUUGCAUCUUUACCAGCAAAACUUACAUUAAUUUUUAUGGGUUUGUAUAUUCCUUGGCUGAAACAUGGUUGUAAACUUGUAAUCGAAGAAAACCUUUUCUGUAAGUGACCAAUGUGUUUUCUGUUUGUUUAUCCUGAAUGCACUGGAGGUGAUUCAUUCAUCAGGAUGUGGAAGGUAUGUUUUUUAAAGUUAUCCAGGGCAUGGAUUCAACGAGAUCCCUCCGCAGAGUACAGAGGAUAGGCUGAACUAUGAGUCAUCUUAUCAUCAGGAAUAAACUGUGUGCCAGCCUAAC